GGACCGGCCGGCGACAUGAACACAUUUUAUUCAAUGCAGUCGGUGGAGCCAGAGAACGGGAGCAAAGUUAAAGAGUCCUUCAAGUUUGUGUCGGCGGGGAAGAGGGAUGAAUGGGGGGACGCUGGAGAGGAGCCAUCAGAGCCCUCCUGCUGUCUCAGUGUCAGGAAGAUCUCCUACACGGUCAGUGAGCGUGUGGGUCCGUGGUGGGACUUACCCUCCUUCAAGAAGCGAUGGACUCGUCAGAUCCUCAAUGACGUCUCCCUCCACGUGGACAGCGGGCAGAUUAUGGGCAUUCUUGGCAACUCAGGCUCAGGAAAGACCACGUUGUUGGAUGCCAUCGCAGGGAGGAUUGGAAACUGCGGCACACUGUUGGGCGAGGUGUUCGUUAACGGCAUGAAACUGAAGAGAGAAGAGUAUCAGGACUGCUUCUCGUAUGUACUGCAGAGUGAUAACUUGUUGAGCUAUCUGACAGUGGAGGAGACUCUGACCUACACAGCUCAGCUGGCCCUUCGGAAACACUCGGCCAAAGCUAUAAAGAAGAAGGUGUCGGGGGUGAUGGCCGAGCUGAGUCUGAGUCACGUGGCCCACAGUGUUAUUGGAGGCCGUGUUUUCCCAGGGAUCUCCGGAGGCGAGAGGAGGAGGGUCUCCAUUGCCGGCCAGCUACUUCAGGACCCGAGGGUGAUCCUAUUGGAUGAGCCGACCACUGGCCUGGACAGCAUGACCGCAAAUCAGAUCGUGGUGCUGCUGGCAGAGCUGGCCAGGAGGAACCGCAUCGUCAUAGUAACCAUCCACCAACCGCGCUCCGAGCUCUUCAGGGUGUUUAGCAGGAUAGCUAUAAUGAGUCGGGGGGAGCUGGUGUUCUGUGGGCAGCCAGAGGAGAUGGUGGACUUCUUCAGCCAAUGUGGAUACGAGUGUCCAGACUACUGCAACCCCUUUGACAUCUAUGUUGACUACACCUCAGUGGACACACGCAGCAGCGAGAGGGAGGCGGCCACCUUCAGUCGCAUGCACGAGAUCACGUCAUCCUAUCAGAGGUCCGCCAUCUACCAGAGCAUGCUGGGUAAAGUGGAGCAGAGCCUGCAGCGGGUGAACAAGCCGGCCAUCCCCUUCAAGAGCAAAGAGUCGCCAAGCGGUGCAGUCAAACUUGAAGUUCUGCUCAGGCGGACGGCGAGAAACCUGUCCCGAGACCGAAUGGGUGUUCUGAUGCGUCUGUUUCAGAACCUGAUCUACGGUUUCUUCGUGGCCUUCUUCGUGUUGCAUUUGGACAACGACGUCAGCAAGGGGGCCGUGCAGGACCGAAUCGGCAUCAUCUACCAGAGCAUCGGGGCGUUGCCCUACACCGGCAUGCUGAAUGCUGUCGCUCUCUUCCCGGCGUUGCGAGCCAUCAGUGAUCAGGAGAGUCAGGACGGUCUGUACAGUAAAUGGCAAAUGUUCUUAGCUUACAUCUUCCACAUCCUGCCCUUCAGCAUCCUGGGUGUUUUCAUCUUCACCUCCUUCCUCUACUGGGCGGUUGGGAUGCACCCUGACAGCUUGCGCUUCCUGUGUUAUUCUGCAGUCGUCGUGGUGCCACAUAUUAUAGGUGAGUUGUUAACUGUGGUGCUAUUGGGAGUGUUCCACGACCCUAACAUGGUCAACACUGGAGUGGCUCUGCUCAAUAUCGCAGGGAUCUUAGUGGGAUCUGGCUUCCUCAGGAGCACCCAACACAUGCCGACGGUCUUCCAGUGGCUCAGCUACCUGACCUUCCAGAAGUACAGCUGUGAGCUGCUCAUAGUCACCGAGUUCCACGGACUCAACUUCACAUGCAAUAUUCCCAAACCUUUGCCGGGAGCCUGCAUGAUCACUCAAGGCAGUCAGAUCAUUGAUGAGGGUUAUCCUGGCGCCCUGUCCCGAUUCACACUAGACUUUGUCCUCCUCUACUCCUUCCUCCCCGCUCUCAUGCUGCUGGGCAUGAUCAGCUUCAAGAUCAGAGACAGGCUUGUACGGCACUAAAACCACAGACAUACAUUCUUUUGUGCAACAACAGCAAGAUUUGGGUUGAGAAGAUGUGAAACAGAUUCACAGUAUGAUGUUAGUCUGAGAAGACGAGGAACACUGAAGUACUGCGGCUCCUGCUAACAUGCAUCAUCUGUGGCGGCACCCUUUUCAACCAGUAUCUAACAGAAUAAAGUAUUAUAAAAUGUCAGAGCAAUGAUGAAAGUACAGAGACGUUUUCUCAAACAAUGCCAGAGCAAAGUGUACAGUACAGCAGGGUGUAAGUAAUCUAUCAUAUCCAAAAUCUAUGGACAUUAUUCCACCGGAUAUGCAGCUAAAUAACUGAAUGGUCUUUCAACUAUAAAACACAAAACCUGCUGCUUUAACACUGAAUCGGCUCAAACAACAUAUUCUACUUAUGGUCCUGUAUAUAUCUGCACAAAUUAAUUAUUUUCAUAUAAAACUAUAUACAACGUGUAAACUAAAUAUGAGACUAUAAAUUACCAGACUGAUUAAAAUAUAUAUAUAUAUAUUGUCAUUGUAAUGUAUCAUGAAUAGAAAGUGAUGCUUAUUGUAAAAUUGUUUAUUUUUUUCAGAGAACAUUUUAUCAUCAGUAUACAAGUGGUUUUGUUUUGUUUAAAAUAGACACAAUGCUACAAGAGGAAAUAAAUAAAGCAAAGUGUACACUGUA